CUACGGAUCACUUCUCUUAAUCGACCGCCCCGAAAUCCCGAACCCUGAUUUCGGCUGUGCCCGUGUGAGUACCGAACCCAUUUCCCCCGACUCGGUCGUCAACACGUGGGAGCUCAUGGAAGGCCUGGAGGACAACGAAAAUUCCGGUUCCAAUUCUGCCCUUGAGUUUGUUGAGCACUCACCCAAGGGCGGCACGGAGGACAGGAUUGUUGUGUACUAUACAAGCCUGAGAGGGAUUAGGAAGACGUACGAAGAUUGCUGCGACGUGCGAAUGAUCUUUAGGGGAUUUCGGGUGUGCGUGGACGAAAGGGAUAUAUCUAUGGACUCGUCCUACAGGGAAGAGUUGCAGGGUGUGUUGGGUAGGGUGAGCUUGCCGCAGGUGUUCAUAAGGGGAAGGCACAUUGGGGGCGCGGACGAGAUUAAGGGACUAAAUGAAGCCGGGGAGUUGGAACACCUUCUCAAGGGGUUUCCUGUGAAGCAAGAGGGGACUUUGUGGUGCAGAAGCUGCGGGGACACGAGAUUUUUGCCGUGCCCGAGCUGCAGGGGGAGCAGGAAAGUGUUCGCGGAGGAGGAAAUGAGGCUGAGGAGGUGCCAAGAUUGGGGCUUCAUGCCAUUUGCCUAUCCUGGCAUGACGCCGCCAAUCAUGCCACCUCCGGUGUCGACCCCAUCGACAUUUGUCCCUAGGAUGGUCCCUAUACGCCUCGUGAAUCUUGCGGGGACCAUGAAUGAAGCAGCACCCUCAAAUGUCCAUGAGGUCGAUGAGGCGGAGCAAGAGGCGGCCCGCAGGAGGAAGGGUAAAGCUAUAGCCAAACCCAGCAAGACCCGAGAUUCGGCGUUCAAACGCCUAGGGGACAAAGAGGAUGGGCCCCGCAAGUCUGCCAAGCUACGUCUUGGUCCUGAGAUGGGCCGGACUAGCGCAAUGGAAAGACUUGGUGGGAAUCAUCCCGCCCAAUCUCGUCGUUCUAGGGAAUCUGAGACGAUUCACCUAGACGAGGAUGAAGCUGAAAGCCAGCCUAGGGCAUUGGCAUAUACCAGGCUAUCAUACGAUGAGGAUGACCUGGACAAGAUAGGGAGCGUAGCGAGAAAGCUACGUGCCCUGGAGGAAAAAGUGGAAGAGAAGGCGGGAGCGAAGAAGCACACCCUGGCCAAAUCUCCCUUUUCAGCCAGGGUACAUGCACAAAAACUGAGGAGGAAGGUCAAGCUGGACGUGGAGAAGUUCACAGGAAAGGAGGAUCCAAACGUCCACCUUGACACCUUCCACAAUGCAGCACAGAUGGCCGGGUGCACUGAUGCUGAGGAGUGCUUGCUCUUCUUCUCAUCCUUGAGAAGGAGGCCUGUGGAAUGGUUUAACGGCCUUCCCCAUGGCAGGAUUGGGUCCUUUGAGAAAUUUGCCGAAGUUGUCCGCAAGAAGUACCAGGAUAACUGCAUCAAGAGGAAGAAGUUCACCUACCUUAACACGGUAGGGCAGAGGGAGAAGGAGUCCUUGACUCAAUUCUUAACCCGCUGGAGGGACGAGGUUGACAAUGUAGAAGAGAUGGAUGAUAAGACGGCCAUGUCUUUACUGAUGAAUGCCUUCCGGUUGGGUGACCUCUACACUGAAUUAUGUAGAAGGCCACCCUCUUCUUAUCAGGAAGCCUAUAACACGGCAUGGGAAUACGCCAAGGCGAAGGUCCUGAACAAGAGCAAGCGGGAGAUAGAGGAAGGCCAUACAAAGGUGAAAUCUGACAAGCCGAAGAAGGAUGACCAGACGGGAGGGUCCAAGCCAAAGGCCACAUAUGACGGGUCCAUCCACCAAAUAAGGGAUGAGAAGAAAGGAGAACAACACAAGCAGCCUUGGACAGAGAAGUGGUGCACCUACCACCAAUCCGACUCUCACAACAUGACAGAUUGCCGGAAUGUGAGGGUCGUGCUCAGGGAGAUGACCUUGAGAAGAGAAUUAGCCAGGGUACAUGCACAAAAACUGAGGAGGAAGGUCAAGCUGGACGUGGAGAAGUUCACAGGAAAGGAGGAUCCGAACGUCCACCUUGACACCUUCCACAAUGCAGCACAGAUGGCCGGGUGCACUGAUGCUGAGGAGUGCUUGCUCUUCUUCUCAUCCUUGAGAGGGAGGCCUGUGGAAUGGUUUAACGGCCUUCCCCAUGGCAGGAUUGGGUCCUUUGAGAAAUUUGCCAAAGUUUUCCGCAAGAAGUACCAGGAUAACUGCAUCAAGAGGAAGAAGUUCACCUACCUUAACACGGAAGCCUAUAACACGGCAUGGGAAUACGCCGAGGCGGAGGUCCUGAACAAGAGCAAGCGGGAGCUAGAGGAAGGUCAUACAAAGGUGAAAUCUGACAAGCCGAAUAAGGAUGACCAGACGGGAGGGUCCAAGCCAAAGGCCACAUAUGACGGGUCCAUCCAUCAAAUAAGGGAUGAGAAGAAAGGAGAACAACACAAGCGGCCUUGGAUAGAGAAGUGGUGCACCUACCACCAAUCCGACUCUCACAACACGACAGAUUGCCGGAAUGUGAGGGUCGUGCUCAGGGAGAUUACCUUGAGAGGGGAAUUGGGUGAAAUAUUCGUUACGGGGCUUGAGGAAGACCCAUAGGCGAGUACUUGAAUCCACCCACAUUAAUAUGAUCAAGGAAAGAAGAGAGGGUGGAUAAGAUGUGGUCAAGAUUACUAAGCUUGCUGUAGACGGAUCAGUCUUGAUGUCUAGGACUUGGACCGUUGCAUGGCUGGUAGCAAAAACAAAAAAAAAACCCCUUGAGAUAUGGGCCUUGAUGUUGAGGUA